CAAUCAAGAGGUGAGAGGUUACCCAGCAAUUCGACACGAGUUCAUUCGUCGUUCAGGCUCUCGGUUAUAACAGGUCGACAACUUUCCGCUGCUUUUCCCGACGUUUAUAUAUAAAGUAAAGCUUCAAUAUGCCCAGCGCAGAAGUCAAAAGCUUUGUUGAUGCGAAGAUUAAAGACAACAAGGUGGUCGUAUUCUCCAAGUCGUACUGUCCUUACUGCAAAAUGGCGAAAACCGCACUGAACAAAUAUAAAAUAGCUUUGGAAGUGAUAGAAAUCGAAGAUCGGCCCGAUAGUGAAGAGAUUCAAGACUAUCUGAACACUUUAACCGGCGCUAGAUCGGUGCCUCGUGUGUUCAUCAAUGGUAAAUGUAUAGGAGGAGGGUCUGAGACAACUCAGUUCGACAGACAGGGAAAACUGGAACCAAUGUUAAAGGAAGCAGGAGCUUUGUAGUUUACAAGCGAAACCAGAUGUUAUGCCGAGAAACGUGAUAAUGUCCCGAGAUGAAGCAUAACAUAUUAAAAUUAGUUUGCAGUACCCGCUAAGUUACGACAAGUUUAGUUUUGGUUGGAUUUUGAGUACACUGAUACAUGUUAACUUUCUAAAAGAACAAAUAAACUUGUAAUAUUAUUAACUACCAUAUAUUAAAGUUGCAUUCUUUUUGCAAAUAUGUGAAAUAUCACCUUCAUAAGAACAAGGUAAAACAUUCAAUGUGUUAAUUGAUGCAAAUUAAGCCCUGAAAAAUUGAUUAUAUAAAAAGCAAACACCUGUCCUCACUUUCCCACUAUUUCAUUUCAAUAGUCCUGGAAGGUCUUGACCCCUUGGACAAAUGUACCUACAAUGUAUGACUUUCAGAAAAAAGCUGCCUAACUUUAGGUUUAUUGUUUACAAAUCUUAAAUUCAUAAUCUGUAGUUAAUUUCUAUAAUCUCAAAAUUUGACGCUGUAUACCGUAUAUUGGUUGAGGGAGGGUAUCUUACAGAUUUGCAAAGUGGGAAUGCUGUGUCUUUAGUUCUACCUACAGAAUCAACCUUUUUGUGUGCACUCUGUAUUUGUCUGUUGUCCAAUGAAAUCAAAGAAAGUACCAGGUACAUUUGCUCUAUGUUUAAAGCAUCUUGCAGUACGUGUAUUAAUUUUAUAAAUACAAUGUAUCGUACAUGCGUAUGUGACAGCUUGACUGUCACUUUAAUGCAUCACCUGCCGUGGAGGUUUUCAAAAGGUAAUGUUACUGCACAAUGUGGAAGUGGUGAUGAUCAAGUUGACCUACAAACUUUUCAACUAUGUUCUCAUCAAAAUUAAAAUGCAUAUUCACAAAGUUUUCAAAUUUCUAACUUCAUUACGUAUUUGCCGUCGUAAAUCGCAGGACUCAAUUACAAAUAAUCCAUUGUUCUGAAUAAAAAAUCAUCACGAUACCCUAGUUUAUAAAUUAUGCAAUCUACUUUGGGUACUUUUUUUUUUUAUAAUUGACAGACUUUGCAUUGUGCAUAUUUUCCAUGCAUUUCCUUUGUUAAAAUCCGUUUAACACAACCACCUAAAACCUCCACAAAUGAAUGGAAAAAAUAAAGCUUCAGCAAGCAAUGCAUUUAUGUAAGGUUACACUGAGCAAAUGGUUCACAAAUUCAACAUGGCUGUUGAGAUGCCUAUCACACACUUGUAGUUUACAUUUUAUCAUCAAUACUUGUAACUUGUUCUGUUUAACAUUGUAUUAAAAGUGGAAUCAA